AGAGACGAAGAGAGAGAGGGACGGGGGGGGGGGCGCUUGGUGGUGCGGAUGCGAGCGGGUGGGAGGGGGCAAGGCUGAUGAGCGCGAGGUGAACGAGGUCCGCGUGCGAGCGGCUAUAAGAACCCUCGCGAGCGCCGCGCGCCGCAUACCGUCUGCGGGGCUCGAAGGCUGGAGGUGCGCAGCGAGGCUUUUCCUGUGUGUGCGUGUGGCGCUGCCGUUGUUCCUUCUGCCUCCCGAGCUCGCUCUCCUCUCGCUCGUCGGCCAUGAAGACCAAGUUCUGUAACGGCGGCGAGGCCGACCCUUCCCCGCUGGGGCUCCUGCUGGGGUGCGCCCAGGGCCCGGUCUUGCCCGCCCUCACCCAGUCUCCCUCGUCGCCGCCGCUGCCGCCUUCCUCUCACGCCGAGGCCGAAGCCAAGCAGCAGCCCCUCGCCUUGCCGCCGACGCCGCCUACCCCUCCCUCCCCGCCGGCGGAGGAGCAGCCCGACCCCCGCACCCGCCGCAAGGCGUAUUUUUGGUGCAGGGAGUUCCUGCGGGGGGCGUGGCGGGGGUUGCGGGAAGAUCAGCUGCGCAUCACGCCCAUCAGGUCAGCCACAUACGGGGUGGGGACGGGGACAUCAAGGGAUCAUUCUAGGGUGAAUGAGAUUAAGAGCUGUGUGUCUCUGAGCGUGUACAGAGUGCGUUCUCGUCGCCACGAAGCAACCACAUCUGGCAUCAGGUUUCCAUGACGGUGCGGCCCCUUCAAACCUGAAAUGAGGGGAAGGGGUGGGGCUGUUGGCUCUUGUCGGACCUGGCACCUUUUGUCUCCCACAGUCUUACUGAUAACGACGUUAUGGAGGGGAGUCCUUAAGGCUUCAUAUCGGAUCUGUACGCACUGAAAUGUUACAGGGAAACCAUUGUCCAUAUGGUGGUACUGUCGUUUUCUACCAAGGGCACGCCACUGACCUCCCAAGAGUAAUGGAAGGGCAGAAGGAGACCUAUGUUUUGGGGAGAUGGCAGCUUCACUGCUGCCAAGGACCUGUCGGUGCCUAUAUGUAUCUAGAGAUGUUUCUGUAUAUUGCAAACAUAGUGUUGCCUUCUGUGUGACAACAUUUGAAGGUAUCUCAAUAGAUAAAUUAGUUAGAUGAAUGAUUGACUCAUUCCUGAUACCUUCCUAGGCCAUUGUUUGCACUAACCAUGGUUUAGAAUCCUAACAAUAGUUCUAGCUUAAAAAUGUAUAGGAAUAUUGUAGUCUAGAGUUGCUUGACUGCUUUUGUUUCUCUUUUGCACUCCUAUGGAGCUAGAGCAGUGGCCCCAACUGUGCAUACAGACAUCACAAUCAUAUACAGUUGGCAAAGCUUAUGGUUAACAAGCCCAUUUUAAGAUAUAGUUUGUUUCCUCUCCCCCUAGUUUACUGGAUAAUUUCUGAACUGAACUGAACUGAACCCCACAGUUCAUCUUCUUUAACCAUAGUUAGUGAAUUGUGCCAUUACCCACUUUUCAGAACCUUUGACACAAAUGGGAUAAGAAUAGAAAGUAAUGUGUGGACGUCUAUUAACUUUUGGGAGCGCUUCUUUUAUCUCUCUGUAGUAUAGUAUGAGACAGAUUUUUGACCACAAGCAAGAGUAGGGUGUGCAUACAUCUUUCAAGCCAUCCCACAGUGAUAAGGUUGUUGUCUCUGUUAAGCCUUGAGCUGUUUUGUUGAACUCAGAAGUUACUUUCAUCUAGGACAGAGUUUCCCAAUCUUUGGUCUCCAGCAGCUGUUGAACUACAACUCCCAUCACCCCUAGCUAGCUGGAGCAGUGGUCAGGGAUGAUGGGAAUUGUAGUCCAAAAAAACAUCUGGAAGCUCAAGUUUGUGAAACCCUGAUCUAGGAAAUUAAAUGAAUUCCACUACGUGUGUGGCUAAAUAGAUAUGUAUGUUUGUGCCAAAAAUGUCUUGCACUUCACAAGUUUGAUUUAUUCAGUUUACUAUUUUGAAUUGAUUUCUAUACAGGAAUUGCUUGUGUUCUACGAUUUGAGCUGAUGAUAUUCCUGGAGGUUUUUGUUUGCUUACAUUAGCCCAUAGUCUGAAAGGAAAAUCCAUUUUUAAAAAACUCUUUAAAUACACUACUAAGUUGACUUCACUGAUUGUCUAGUAGCCAUUAAAUGAGAAUGUACCAUUCAAAAAAGCUUCAGAGGUGAUGAAAAGUUUAAGGCAAUAUUUUAAAAAUGUGAGUCAAACUUAACUUGUAAGAUGGUUUCUGAACAAUGAAAUGGGUAUUCUACCCUGUGAUUUUUUUUGAAUGAGACUGCUCAGCAGUAUGAGUCAUUUUUUGGCAACAAGUUACUGUAGUAUCAGGUGCCUUGCUCUGACUCUCAAUGCCAGCAAUGAGUAGAUAACUGGCUUGAGUAUAGUAUGGGUAAGUAAUCAGGAAUGGAAAGUUUUUUAGAUUUUGUAUAAUUGCCUCUGAAGAAAAGAAGCAAAACAAAAACCUUUUCUAAUCACUUUAAUUUUCCUACAAUGCCCAACAGUUAAUGCUCAUACCAGAUAUGUCGGAGAGGGAUUUAUUGCCUUGUAAUUUUUUUUUAUUUAAAAUGCUUUGUUUAAAAUAUUUGUCCUGUCCUUUAUCCCAGAUCCAUGGACAAGUAACAUUAAUUUUGAAAAACUAGAACAAAUCCAUGGGAAUACAUAUACAUAUAGCAUUUCCCCAUUUAACAUGUUUAGAAUUUUAAUAGUUAAACUGAACUCUAAAAGCCAUAGUUCCAGAAUGUUCACAAGUAGCUGGACUACUUGUAUAUUUUAAGGGCAUUUGGCAGAAUCACACUGGUGUGUAGAAGAGGUCAUAAUGUAACCCAAGAGGUCACAAUAUAAUAGUGUUGAACAUUAUUACAGCCCAAUUCUAAAUACUGUAUGUUGACUUAGAAAUAUGGAAUACUACUGAACUUAGUGGAACUUAAAUUUCCUUUUAAGUAUGCUUAGGAAUGUAGCUUUAAUAUCUCUAUAGUUUAUUUAAAAUAGACACUUUCUUAAACACACAACUGUUUGCAACUUUUAGCAUGCAGUUCCUGCUGUUGAACAUUAAUAAUCUUAGCAGCAUUGUAUCUAUUCUUGGAGCUGCCAUUUACAAAACUCAUCUGAAUCCCUAUUUUGUAUACACAUUACUUUAGUGUACAAUUCAAUACAUGCCUACUCAGAAGUAAGUCCAAUUGAAUUUAAUGUGAUUUCCUCCUAGGGAAAUGUGUAUAGGAUUUCAGCCUGAAUAUGUUUUAGGAAUGAUCAGGAAUUGUGAUUAAAUUUGUUUCAAAUAUACUAAAACUAUCCAAAUAACCUAUUUUUAGUUAACUUUGAGAAGUGGUCUUGUUCUAUCACAACAUGGAUGAAAAAGAUGGGUGCACACUGCUCCCCUUGUGGUAUCAAAACCAGAAACCAGCUUCUAGGAUAUAUUUACUUUUCUAUGGGUUAUAUACUGUAUAAAUACAUAGAAUACAAUUCUUUUAGAUACUGAUAUAGCUGUAUUUAAAAUAAUCUGGGACUGCUGCCUAUCUGUUGAGCCAUGAUCCUCAACAUCGGCAGUGCUUUGUUUCUGAGCAAGUCUACUUAAGCUUCAACUGAGAAUAGACCCACACGGUUUUCCCCCUUCAGUAUCUCUUCCAUCUCACAUGCCCUGCAAUAAAGACUUUACUCUUGCAAAAAACAACUCCCCCCCCAACACCUGGGAAUAGUUCCUUGCUGCUUAUCUUUGUGUGGAGCCUCAUACCGGAGUGGGGGGGAAACCCUUCACUUCUGGAGCAGCCUUUGCCAAUUCUAGCUUGGUCUGAUGGGAGUUGAAAACAUUGGGAGGGCAACAGGUUGUUGAAGGCUAUUCUGGAGUACCCCAGUCUUGGGGGUUGUAAACUUUAUGGGGCCUUUAGGCACAUUUGAAAACCAGAGAAGCAGUUGUUAGAUCUAUCUAACAAUAGAUCCUUCUUUCAACCCUAAUUUUAGCAGUUGCGGGGGGAGGACCUUGUGUGUGCCAGGGAAGGCUUCUGUGGGUGCAUACACAGGUGCAAGUGCCGCACUGAAGACCUUUCACAUCCUCCAAAUGUUUAAAAUGUGGGCAUGACUAAACACAAAUUUAGGUUUCUUCUGUAAGGUUUUGUUUAAGAGGUGCUAAAGCAUUGCUUUUCUGCUACUGUAAACUUUCACUUGUACCUGAAGAAUAAAGUGUGUUGUGGAGGGAGGUGCUUAAUUUCACCUACCUGUUUUUCUGGUACUAUAGGUUUGUUAGGAUAAACACAGAAAACUGUUGAAAGAGUGGGUGCACACACCUGUGUUCUCGUCCGAACCUUCCCCUGCUCAAGCUGCUUUUCUCUCACAGAAAGAGAUGUCAGGUUUUUCAAUAUAGCAUGCAGUUCAUCCUUAAAGUGCUGGUUGAAAGUUUUUACUUUCUGCUGCUUUGUCAUCUUUUUCUGGUAUAUAGCUUGAGUAUUCUCCGUGUAGGUUCUUAGUGAUAGCAAAUCAAGGGCUUUUCUUUGCAAUUGAAGAAAAAGUGCCCCAGCUGCACUUCAGUAUUGGGUUUCUUGUAAAAGAUUAGGAGUGGGGAAUAACUCCAAAGAUAGUCAUAGGGUAGUAGAAAGAUGGGCUAACUUGGCAGAGAGUAGUUUCUGGUAGUGUACUCCUUUCUGUUGUGGUAUCUUUGUGCAAUUUAAUGCUCUGGACACAGAUUGAGAGUAGCUUUUUGUGGUUUAAUUAUUAAAUUGGACUAUUCUGCCUCUAGGAAAAAUAAUCCAAACUAGCAAAUGCUGCCUAUCUCAAAUAUUUGUUCAUUUAGCUUCAUAAACCAGAUAUGAUUAUGUGCUUUUCCUCCUGGAUGGAAGUGCACAACAGGGCUUGCUUUCAGAUUUAGAGCUGCUACUACUUCAGCAGCACAAGCAACUGUAAGGUUCCUUGGUGUUCAACUGGUGCUUUAUUAAAACGAAUAAGGCAGCAGAUGCUUUGCAUAGGCACAUUCUUGCUGAAGGUUCCCCCUCCCCCAACAAAUAGAUGUGUUGGCAGCCCAAUCCAUUUAUGAAAUAAAUGAGUAGCAAAUUGCAUCAAUAUGAAUUGGUUUAAGUUUCUUCUAGUACUUGAGAACUUCAGCCAGGAAAUUCCCCCCUUUUAGACUUGCUUAGAAGCAAGGCUACAUCAUCAUCAGCUGGUCUGUUGGAGAUUGCAAGCUAGAGUUCUUUCUCUUUCUUCUUCAGGAAAGAGAAAGUUCUGCCAGCCACAGUUCACACAGGGCAGCCCUGUUCAACACACAGGCAGCAUUGCUGAAGUUGUGUGUGAGAGGAGCCUUGUUAGCUAUACAUUGUGCAGAGGAGCACAUCACUAAUAUGCCCCUCAGAUGAGGGAUGGUCCUGCCUGCCUCUUAAAUAAGCGGGUGGUGUCAAAGCUAUGUGCAAAACUAUCUGCAUUCUUCUGUUUAGUAAUCUCUCUUAAAUUUAGAAAGAAUGAAUGCUAAGCAGUGGGCAUCACAGGAACUGCUUUUUUAUCAAGUUGGACCAUUGGCUCAUCUAAUUCCAUAUUGUCAGCACUGUCUGGCAGUGAUGCUCUAGUCUAGGGGCUUUAAAGCAGGUUCUUUUCCCUUCCUGGAAAUGCCAGGGAUUGAAUCUUGAGAUCUCAUCUUGUAAAGCAGGCGCUGAGCUGCAACCCUUCCUCUUACACAGAGCAGAUACCCUAAUGGAACAUUCCUUUAUAAUUGCGUAUCAAAGGAGAUGUGCCUUGAAUUGCUUCAGCCUUUGUAGUUCGUCAUGACAAUUGCACUUCGAUGGUUGAAAUUAACGUAGUAAAGCAUAAGCUUCAAGAGGCAUCACUUAAGAAUAAUAUUUUAUUUAUAUGGUGCCACCCAAUUUGGGAGAAAGGUGGGCUUAUAUGUACAUGAAAUGAACACAUGAUAGAAUCAGUGCAUGUUGGAGGCACCCACAAUAGUGUCCAUGGCAAGGGCCCUAGAUUCAAAGCUUUCUUUUAAAAAAGUAAGUCUCUAGCCCUCCUAGAAAGAAAGUAAUGAAGCCAAGUGUGCAGCUAUCAUUCUAAGCAAUUUCUGUGAAAUGAGCCCACCUACUCCCUGUCAUUUUUUAGCCAGUCAGUGAGUUGUCUGGACACAAGGCAGUAGGAGUCCCUGGGGUCCUAAAUAAUUACUAUUUCCCCCUACACUUGGGUGCACCUUUCCUGCUUCUGUCUUCUGUCUUUGCUGCUCUGCUUAUUUUGUUUUGCUGCCUAUCAGCUACAUGGAGCAGGCAGCUCCCUCAGAGACUUUAAAAAAGAUGUGAGUUGAGGUAAUGACCUAAAUUAGUCAUGACCAUUAAUUUCAAUUAGUCUACUCUGAGUAAAAGUUUAUUACAACCCAUAACAUUUCCCCUGGUUGUUCCCAUGUUUCUGUUGGGGGGGGGGGAUGGGGGGGGACCCAUGUAAGAAACAUUAUCUUCAUCACCUUUUCCUCUGCCUGGGAUUGUUCUCAAAUUGCUUGGGAAGUGGAGAGCAUUAUCAUCUUAUCGUACAAAAUAUAAAAAUUUUGAGAAGCUUGUAGGUGAUAUUCAGCCUCAAACAUUACACUAGUCUGGGCCAGUAUUGCUCAACUACAACUCUGGUGAUUUAUUUAAUUCAUUUUCUGUGUUUUUUCCUUUUUUAAUUCAAUAAAGAUAAUAUGUGUUUUUAUUUCUAACUAUGCCUCUGUAUGGCUGGCUGUAGCAAUUGAAAAUUAUUCCUGGAUUCAGUUAUAUUUUAUUUUCUAGCUCUGAUGUAUAGCAACACACAGCAUAACAAGCAAGACUUAAAAUUGUGUGGAAAAGGAAGUUUUUCAAACAUUUUUUGUUUACCAAAAAAAUUUGAAUGGAUUUUUCCUAAUUGGAACAAGUUUUGUUCCUGUGUGUCUCCUUUUUCUGCUCUUUUGGAGAUGGUAGUCAUUUUGUAUUAGGCCACACCUCUGGUAGCAGCCAUUUUGUGACUUUGCCCUUGGUAUUGCCCUUAUGUAGAUUGUCAGUUAGGAAUAAAGACUAAGGGGUUAAGCUGAACCAAUGGCAGAAUAUCUUAAAGUACCAAAUUAACUCCAUUACAGCACUCAUUGGUCAUAUACGCACCCCAGCCAUCUAUAACUAUAUUCUAUCUUCUGAGAUUUCAGAAAUGUCCAUGAAGUUCCACCAUAGCACAGCAGUUUUCACUUUUCAUACUCCUGCUGUAAAUGUCUUUGGUUUUACAAUAACUGGAUGGAUUAGGCUAGCUUUUUGAACUUAAAACAUAGAAUUAGUUCUCAAUAAGGAUAUGUUUUAUUGCUCUCCUAGAUGAUGAUCUGUGAAAUUUUAAGAGCACACUAGAGGCUUUUAAUGAGGUGGGAGGUAGUUUCUCUUGCAUCCUCUGCACCACAGUCAAGCUGCUUGCAACUUCUCCUUCAGCACCUUGUUGCUAGGACCUCAAAUGCUGCUGUGCACCACAUUUGCACUGCAAGGAAGAAUGUGUUCUGCCACUUUGUUCCAAGAGGUAGUCAUCCCAGCUUUUCUUCACCUCCACCUGUUCUCAGAGUAGAAUACAUCCUGGACUGAACAGGGCCCAACACCCAGAUGACUUCACCAGUCCAAAAACUCAUUUCAGAAUGGGUUGGGGUGGGUGGGUGAGGAGAGAGGCAAUGCAUCACUAAUGCAUUGAACCCCUUCUCAUCUUUCCAAAACCAGUCACUAAGGUAGGAGCCAUGCCCAACCCAAUAACUGUUUUAAGGAAGCAGAUAAAAUAGAUGUUCCCUCAAAGCUGAUGUGAAUAUCAAUCGUCAUUAUAGGAAAAAAUGCAGACUGCUUAACUUGACUGAGAAGGACUAAUUGUGGUCAGCCCAUUCACUAUACCUCAGUAUUGUAUACCUCAUGAUGGUGUUGUGAUAAAAUCGGAUAACUCAAUGUAGAGUGCCCUGAGUGAAUGUCUUAGAAGUGCAGGAUAUAUGAGAAUACGCUUUAUAAGCUCAGGACUCUUAUAUAUGGUAGCAUUUUAUCAUUGUAGAGAACUGGAUCAAACUGAUCCUGUAUGUUAAGUACUUGUGUUCAUUGUUAUAAAUAAUCUAACAAACAUGCUUUGCCUCUAGUCACAUAUUAUGGUCCUUCCCAUUGUCCAAAAUUAUUUAUUAGCUGUUCUACCUUAAACAGUGACUUCGGAGACAUAAAUGCAAAGUACUAUUAAACAUAAAUUUCUUCCUAAUUCUUCUAACUUAUAUUUAAAUACAGAUUUGGGAAUGAAAUUCAAGCUAUGUUUUAAUAAAGUUAGUGUUAGGAGUAGAACCUGGAAGACCAGGGUUUAAAUCCGUACUCUGCCAUGAAGUAACUCUACCUCAGAGGGUUGUUGCAAGGAGGAAAUGUGAAAUAUAAAUGUAGACAUAAUAUAGUCAGUGCUGAAAAAAUAGAAAGUUAGGCUGUGUAGAAUAGCUCUUUCAUGUCCAGUUGUCUAAUUCAGGGUAUUGGAAUCUGAACUUCAGUCAUGUGAGAAGUGCAAGUGUUCAUAUGUGUAACUCAUAAUUCUUUCCUUCUUAGGGGAGGCCUCAGCAACAUGUUGUUCCAGUGCUCAUUACCUGAUACAAUGGAGACUGUUGCAGAUGAACCACGCACAGUUCUUCUUCGCUUAUAUGGUGCCAUUCUACAAAUGGUGAGUAUUUGGUGUGGGGGAGUGGGCUGAUGUUUAAACAUCUUGCAUUAGAAUAGGCUUGAAAAUAUUAAAAUUAGAUUUUAUUGCACAUGCAUACUCUGUGAUUUGAGAGCUCUUCAGUUUAGAUUUGUUCAUUUCUUAUUGCCUAGAAAUUGCUUUCUAUGCAGAUCUUGGAUGUAUAGUUUUUUUUAGUUAGUUUUGCACUGUCUUGUCAGUAUGCAUGCGGACGUUUCCUGGAGUUUUACUAUUCAGAAAAAUUGUCACUUAUUACCCUCUUUGUGCUUUGCAGACUUAAACUGAGAAACAACAUUCAUGGUAAAUCUGAUAACUGUCUAGAAUUUCGUUGAAUCAUUAACUACAAGCAUAUAGCAGCUUCAAGUCUUUCCCCAAAAUUCCUUCCAGGAAACAUGUACCAAGCUUUUACUGUCAGUAAUCUAACAGCAUUUGGUAGAAGCACUUCAUUUUCCCUUUUCCCAUUUUGUUGCUUCAAAGUGCAUUGCUCUGGAUGCAUGCAGAUGGAAAUUGAAAAUUGAGGCCAUGAUCAAUUCACUGGUGCCGUACCUAUGGACAAAGGAUUCCCAUAGAUCCAAUAGUGCUCCUGUUUAUUUAUGUCAGGGUUUUACGUUAUGCUUCAGCCACAUUUCCGGCAUGAUUCACAAUAUAUAAAUGACAGGAUAAAAAUACAAAACCCAGAAUUGUGAUAUGCAUAGCUUCAACUAAAAGCAAUUGAACUUAAAACAUGGGAGAAUACAUGUCUGUGCUUGGUGCUGAAAAAAAUAUUAUUGUGUGCAUCAGACAAGCUUCCCUGGAAAGGGAAUUCUACAUGCAACACCAAGUAGGCAGUUUCUUUAGUUGCCAUCCACUUGUUUCUGAUGAUAAGGAUGCCUAGAGGAGUACCUCCAGAGAUGACCUCCAAUAAUGGACACGCUGACAUGGAGGUGGGCCUUACUUCUGGUACCCAAGUCUCAAGCUGUGUAAGCCUUUAAAGGUAAGCAUCAGCACUUUGAAUUGUACUUGGAAAUGGACUAGAAACCAGUAUUCUUUAAUUACCUGUGAGGAUAGAUCCCAGUUAAUAGGAAUAUUUUGAGCCAGUUGCAGAUUCCAAGCAAUCUUCAAAGGCAGGCACACAUACAGUUCAUUACAAUAUCUCAGGGAUGGCAAAUUAGAUCUAGCCCACUUGUCAGUGGGAAUAAUUGGGAGUCUAAUCAAAGUGUGCCUCUGAUUCUUCCUUUCUAGCCCUGGCUGGACUGCAAAGGAACAUUAAUGCUUCAGUUGCAAAAAUGGGAGGCUUGCUCAGCUUUCCCUAAUGAAAAUAGGUCUUAUGUUUGGCACCAAAAACAAGUCCAGCUUGGGGCAGGAGUUGAGUGCAGUUAGGAGCUCCCAAGUGGAAUCAAUCCCACAGAGCUUUUUUUUGUGUGCCAAAUUUAAAAGGCGCUGAAUGAAGGCCUUGCUUGAAGAGGAGCAGUUAGGAGUGCACUAUAACACUCCUGAUUGUUGUUUCGCAGCUGUGGCUGUAUCUGCUGUACACCUGACGUCACAGGAUGUUGGUGGGUUGGAGUUUUCCAACCCAUAUUAGUUUUCCAAGCUAAUCCUAGAGGUUACCAGGGUAUGGUCAUGCUAUUCCUGUCUAGAAUGAGACUGCAGCUGCCAUAACAGUCUUAAGUAGAUGAAAAACACUUUGUGUCGCAGAAGCUACCUGAGCCAUGUGACAUAAGUGGAUCUAGGAGCACCUCUUGGACUUCUCUGUUGAUCCUGUGGGAAUCCUUCACACAUAGGUACUGCACCAGCAGUGGACUGAAUCAUGCCACAUAUUUUUAUGUAAUGUUUGUUUAGCCACAGAAUUUACACACAAAAAUGCAAGUCUGUUUAUUUCUUUUAGACAUAGGAUUCACUGUGGCAUGUCUGACAAGAGUUGUAAUGUGCCUCUGAGUAAGUUUUCCAGUGAGCAGGAAAUGGCCUUAGGUCCUAGGUAUAGAUGUUGGUAGGUCUGUAUUAAAACAAUUUGUCCAUGUAGACAUUGACAUACUCCUGAAUUUCCAUUUGUGAAAUGAACACACGUAUAAGAUUGUUGUCACUUCUGUGUUUUAUACACAACACAUUAUCAUUUAGAAAACGACCAAGCAAUUUAGAUUUAACGUAUCUUGAAUUGCUUUCUGACCAGCUAUUUUGAAUCUAGAUUUAUCAACAGAAUGACAAUCAACAACUGUGCAUUAAAGCAGUUAAUGAUGUAGUAAUCUUGCUAGAGAGUGUUGAACUCAUUGGCAAAAUACAGGUAAUCUAUGACUAGUAAAAGGAAGAUUUUCUCCUUGCACUUGCACUCUCCAAGGGUGGCAAAAUGAGUUCUGCUGUAACACUGAACAGCUGAUGCAUUAUGGAUAAAGGGAUAAAGAAAAUGCAUUCACAUAUCCAAAUGAUUAUAGCAAUAGUUCCCACUCCUAUGGAGCUUCCUCAUUGUAAACAUAUGGUUAGCCCCCAAAGUAUCUCCACUUGCUUUGUACUCCAUGUUAUAAAACUGAUAUACACGCUAUUUCCAUAUAUUGAAAUGAAGUGUUCUGCAUGCCUUCAUAUAACUGAGAACAAUGAGAUUACCGGGGCAUCAGUUGGUGCUUGUAAGUAUGCAGCUCGGAUUGUGUAUUGCAGUAUACAAAAUACUUGGAUUGGAAAUAUGUAAGCAAGUUACUGCUGCAAUGUCUUUCUCUGGUCCAUCUUAGCAAUGUAUUGCGAGGAAACAGUGGCUUGAACCAUUGGCACUAGAACUAUCAAUUAAACUAACAGUCCAGCGAUAGUUACACUGAAUGUUUUAUUUUAACAAAUUAUUUAAGCCACACCCCUGGCUUCAUAAAAUCUUCAAUGUAUGAGCUUGAUUGCAUAUUAUAAGUAAUCUUUAUUUGUACAGGCUGCCUGUACAAAGUAGAUUGUAGAAAUUAGGGCAUCAGUGAUUUGCUAAUGUUUUCAUCUGAAAAAAAUAAGGCAGCGUUUUCAGGAUCUCAGUAGUAAUUUCCAUCAUAUCUGUUGUAAUCAUAGUACUCUGAAGAAAUUUUCCUAUGAAUAUCCAAGUUUGGAGAAUCCUAAACCAGAACAUGGGCACAUACUGCUUUCCCUCAAUACCCACUUUUUAAACAAAACCUUCUGUGUCCUUAUAUGAAGAAAAUAGCACUGGAGCUCAGAAUUUUUCUCCAAGAUCUAGUUUGGCCAAUUAUUUGAGUGUUAAUAUCCUAACCUUUUUUGUCUUGGUAUUUAAGAUCUUUUGAGAUUUCUAACUUCCUUUAUUUCCAUAGUGGCAGUGAAAUGACUGCUCUUGUUGGUGCAGUUCACUAAGGGUUAAGUAAGCAGAGACAGUCCCAAGGUAAAACUUUCAGAUUAUAUUGAGGGUUUCAGUAUAAGCAUUUGUCUUUUCCAGAUCAAUCUUCAAUGCAUAAGCAAACUGAUUGUGCUAUAGUUUUAGAUCUUCAUCUGAGAUCUUAAGGAACUUCCUUGUACCAAACAGUAAUAAAUUAGAAGAAAAAGAAUUUCAGUGGUGCUGAUAUUUUUAAAAGUUCCAGGGAUGUUGGUUUUAAAUACUGAUGCACAUACGUAUAAUUUUCUUGCACUAUUACUUACCCUCAAUAUCCAUCUGUAUGGCUUAAGACAGAAAUAUAGCUACCAACAAUUCCAGCCAGCAUUAGCAGUCGUCGGAGUGAUAAGAGUUGUAGUCUAACAACAUCUGGAGGGCCCUAUGUUCCCCAUCGCUAGUUGAAACAGAUGACAUUUUGAUUAUAACUUAAUUCUUCUUUGUUUAUGCCUGCAUGCAGAAAAUAAUAGUAUCAUUAUCAAAUACACAUGUAAUCUGAGGUUCAAAGUUUUGCCCCCCCCAUUCGUUCAAAAUUUACCAUAGAAAACCAGUCCAGUAAAUUUCAACUAAAGCCUUCUUUAAAAACAAACACUAUUAUUUACAAGCUAACAAUGACUCCAGUUUGCUUGUCACAUAAAUUCUGGAAGACACAAAUGUCAGUACAUACUGUUCAGUAUAAAUUGUUUCAGGUUGUAGUCUAACAACAUCUGGAGGGCCCUAUGUUCCCCAUCGCUAGUUGAAACAGAUGACAUUUUGAUUAUAACUUAAUUCUUCUUUGUUUAUGCCUGCAUGCAGAAAAUAAUAGUAUCAUUAUCAAAUACACAUGUAAUCUGAGGUUCAAAGUUUUGCCCCCCCAUUCGUUCAAAAUUUACCAUAGAAAACCAGUCCAGUAAAUUUCAACUAAAGCCUUCUUUAAAAACAAACACUAUUAUUUACAAGCUAACAAUGACUCCAGUUUGCUUGUCACAUAAAUUCUGGAAGACACAAAUGUCAGUACAUACUGUUCAGUAUAAAUUGUUUCAGGUUGGCUAAAGUUACCAUGCAAAAAUGGCAUGGGGCCUUCCUUAGUUAUAGCUGUUAUUUUAAGCCACAUUUUAUGCAUGCAUGAUAUGAAGGCAGGAAGUGAGCUUAGUUGGGUUGAUCUGUGUAAAACUUUAAAGCCUGGUUGAGAUUACUAUAGUCUCCAGUCACAUAGGUGAGCUAUUUUUUAAACAAGCUGAAUAUUUGUGCUUUUGUGGAAUUGCUAUUCUAAUUAAACAUUGGUGUGUUUGAAAGGCAAAUGCACAUGCUAUAUCUAGGAUUCCCCUCCAAAAAUCUGAAAGGAUGUCUUAAUAGCAGCAGUUCAAACCUGUUACACACACACACACACACACACACACAUAUAUAUAUAUGAAUGAAAACUAGAGUAGUUGUUGGCACCAGUGCAUAGCUUUAAAAGGAUUCAUUUUUAGAAAUGAUUUCCUUGUAACAAAGAAACUAAUGUUGGUCCAACAAAGCAAUUUGAAUUUGGAGUUCAAAUACAAGUUCUUGCUUCUGUACACUGACACAAACUACUUUGCAGAAUUGUUCAUUGUUUCAAAGUAGUACUUAAUUCCCAUAUAUCCCAAUUAAAGGAAGAGCUGGCGAUAAGGGCCCAUGCCCUAUUUUUGAUAGCCAGGCAUAAAACUUGGUUUUGAUAUUACUAACUAUAAAAUCACAAUAUUGCAUAAUAAAGGAAGCAUUUAAGACUACUUAAUCUUCCUAUAGUCUAUCAUUCACAGUCAUUUUGAGAAGAAGGUUGUGAGUACUGACUGCAAUUCUGUGGUAUCGUAUACCUACUUUUUCUGCUUGUAACUAAACAAAUAUAUAGAAUUCUGUAAUUGUAAAACUCCAUUACUGAUGUGAUUCUUGCUCUUAAUGCCUUGUAGCAAGGAAUAACCACAAAUGCCUCUUAGUGGCAGAUAAUUUGAUAGCUGCACUCCUGUUAAGGGGACACUUGUUUUGUUGGGUGGCAUUAAGGGUCUUCUGGGGGUGAUGUACCAUUUUAGUUGUAUGUGCAUGUGUUCUCUGCUGCAGGCUUGUCCAUGCGAUCGUGCCUAGAGCACUCUGGUUUCCAGGUGACAGACACGAUUCACGGUAUAGUAUGAGAUCUCUGAAGUUGGAGCAUUCUCUACGGGUUUCAUUUCUUUAUGACUCAGAGUGUGAAGUUAUCAUGAAAAUGCUUGCCUUAUUCACAUUUUUCUAAUGUCCAAACCGUUGAGAACUGACUACCAAAAUAGUGCAUUAAACACCCCACCUUCCUUUUGCUCCUUUUAAAGAAUGGUAACUUGAUCAGAAGUAAAAAGGAUUAGGGAUGUUCUUGGUGUUAGUAGGACUGUUGUAAUAACAUCUCUUAUUCUUUCUGCUGUAGCAUAUUUUAUUAAAAAUAGUUGACAGCACCUGUUUUGAUGUUUCUCAGUCUUGAGAAAUCUCCCUCUGUAGUCUCAACAUUGCAACUUUUGUACUUACAUUUUACGCCUGGAAUACAAUUGGGUACAAAACUACCAGAGAUAAGUAAUUUCAUCUUGUAAAGGUUAGGUGCAUGGCCUGCAGAACUGGCCAGGAUGAUAAAUAAUGCCAAACUCUUGCUAGCUUUUCUGAUGGCAGAGGAAUUGCCACUCUGUCAUUUUAUUACUAACGUCUGUAUUUGGGUAUUGACAUAGUAAGACUGAACCUUAGUUUUCCAGUCUGCAUUUCAGUUUAUACUGGUUGUUUUUCUAGUCCUAACUUCAGAACUACAUUGUUAUUACAUGACAAACCAGUACAAAUAUGACCAGCUUUAUAUUUUGGAUGUCCAGUCUCCUCAACUGGAUUCAUAUUAUCAUGGAAUUACAUUCUCGCCUCUCAUCUGUUAUAUAUAAAUAGAAACUGUGAAAAGCAAAACAAUGUUCAACCUAAAGUGCAGUAAUUUGUGAUAAUCAGUAUUACUUGUUAAAUUUUACUGUUAAAUUAGCCUUGCACCCUAUUAUCAUUUUUUAAAAAUCAAAUUGUGCUACCAAAGAAAGUUUGGGUCACAACAGUGAAAAUGGUAUCCCCUUCACUUCAGUUUUAUAUGGAAGAUCUGCACAAUAGCAGUUUGUGCAUUUUAUAGUAUUAAAUUGGAAAAUGACUACAUUAUUCUCUAGUCUCUUAGUUCAUCAGACUACUACAGCCUUGAGAGGCAGAGGUGGUAGCAUCUCUUCAUGUUUACGAGACCAACUAGCUUACUCUAUUAAGCAGGUCUUGCUAACAAGCAGGAAGGAGUCUGACAGCAUGAUUACACAAAGAUGAUGUAUUAGAUGCCUGCUCAUCUCAAGCCUCUGCAGGAUAUCAAACAGCUACAACAGCUUUUUCCUGCAACACAAUCCUGUUAGCUUAGUUUUUGGUAGAAGCUGUACAAUAGGUUUCCUGUUAUCUCCUUGGAAAUUGGCCAUUGUCCACACAAUAAGAGUCCUGUUUUAAGAAUGUACUGGGGCCCUAUCUAAGCAGGUAUCUGGAAUGUGGGCAAAUUAGUCUGGUGGUUUUUGCUUCAAAGUUCAUGAAGCAAAUACCUGAAUAUACUUUUAGCUUUAAUGUUUUCCAGGCCCACUCUUUUUUUGGUUGAUACAGUCAAGUGUAGUAUAGAAUUCUUCUAUGAUGAUAUUUGGAUAUCAUAUCCAUAACAUUUUCUUUCACUUCAAGCUAACAAACCAAUUUGGACAACUGAGUAUUUUAGCGAAGUGUUUGAAGAGUACUAAUGAAAAAAUACUGACCAGUCUUUUCAGUGUGUAAUCCAAGUACGUUAGGUGGAUACUUUCUAUGAUCCUGGGGAAAACCUCUCUAAUCCAGUUUGCUUCUGAUAGAUUAUACCAUCACAGGGGAGCAUCAAGCAGUAACUACUUCUGGGUGAUAUGCAGCUUUGACUGCUAUUCAAGAAGUAGUCAAGGAGAAAAUGGGGGCACUGAAACAUUAUUUGUAUAAUAUUGCUAUUUUAAUAUGCAGUUGUAAACUUGCCCUUGUGAAUAUUCAAGAUAUGUGUUUUCAUUGAAAGGGAUGUAGUUUUACUGUAGCAUAUACUUAUUCUUCUUAAUUAUAGCAUUCGAAUGGAAAGAAUUAUUAUUUAUGGAAAGCCAUUUAUUUCAAGUUGGAGCAAGGCAGCUGUGAGAAAUUCAUAAGCCUUUAAACAAUUGGUAUUGGUUAUUUGUCCAUUUGGUUCUUGGUAAAGGAAUAUUAGAGCAGAAAAAGUAUCCUCAGUUCCAUUGUCCUCAUUUAAUUUUAAUAAUUUUAAUUGAAUGCUUCCUUUAGGGGCCUCUAAAGUAGCGUUGCAGAUUUGCAUCUUUAGUAGCCAUAGUAAACUACUGCUUAAAGGAACUGCAAAGUGGAAUAGGCCUUAUAGCUUUGAAGUUCUUAAUGAACUACAAAGAUUUUAUUUCUGCAAUUAUAGUAAAAGCAUGUGCCAUUGAGUCCAGAAGCUAAAGCACAACUUGGGACCUUAGAAAACGCUUUGCGAUAGGUCAGAACAAGCACGCUUCAGUUCACUAGGUCUGGAACUGAAAAUUGCUUUGCUUGCUUAUAUUGCUUUGAGAAAUGACGUAAGAUUAUAUCUAAAAUGCCUUAAAUAUUGUUGUUACUUUACAGUAGAAAAGAGAUCUGUCAACAAGUUGUAACUGGGAUAAGUGAGUGCCUCCUUUAUGUGUAAAACUAGAUAAAGUAUUAUGUUUAAAUAGUUUGUGAAUAUUGCUAUAUUUCCUUUAACUUGUUUCCACUGUUCUACUGGCUUGCAUCUUUGUUGCAAAACUGAGUUUAUAGUAAAGCUUCACUUGGUCCUUCCAUAUUUGGAUGCUUCUGUGUACAGUACCAGGAAUUUUGGGCUCCCAGCUGCUGUAGUCAUACAGAAGACCACAUCUCGUGCUAGUGGUCUUGUAUGUUUUGUCUCUAUAGGCAAGCUGAUAUAUUAGGUUUCAAUGGCACAUCCUUUUUUUAAUUAUCUAGAGUGAUGUCUCUUGUGAAGUUGCAUUUCUCAGCCUAAUACUCGGUCAGAUGAAUAUCAAGUAAAUAGCUGUUAGACUUUCCGAACCCUCCGAAUUGUGAUGGCUGCAACUUAUUGCUUAUGUUGAUUUUCAACAUCUCAUUGUAAAUGUUGACUUUUCUCAUUCAUAGAGGUCCUGUAAUAAAGGAGGAUCUGGACAGGCUCAGAAAGAAAAUGAUUUACAAGUAAGUAUUAUCUCUUUUUUUUUGUUACUAUAUCAGGCUGCUGCUAUAAAAUGCAAUAUGUAUUUGCUUUUUUAUACUCUUAGAGCUGUUUUUUAAAAAAACAAAAACAAAAAAACCCAAUUUGCUCAUGUCUAGGUCCUGUUUGUUUGCUCCAGUGUUUCAAAAACAGUGCUUUCCCCACCUGUCUUUGGGUUCUUACGUUCUGUACUUCUAGUCUAGAGGGGUCUGCAUGGUUCCCCUGCAUAAAAUAGGUUUCAGUAGCAAAUACAUGACACGCAUGACUGAUAUUACAGUUUGUAAACAGAUUUGAGGUGUAACACUUCAUCCUAUGCGUUCAUACAAUUUAUUCACUUUAAGGGUUGUUAACAGUAAAGCAUGCAAAACUUCUGAGAUGACCUAGGCUAUUUCUAGGCUAUUCUUCUGUCCUGUCACAUUGUGUAACCCUGCAGCUGUGUUUGUAUAUAAUUAUGUAGUACCGUAAUUCACACUGCAAGGUACAGCAGUUCUUCAUAAGCAAAUCCGUUUAAGAAAAAAGGUUGCAACUUGCUGCCUGAUCCAGCACAGACCUGCUGCAGAGAAAGUACUGCAGCCUACCAAAAAGCAAAUUACUCAUAGGGGGGAGACCUUUGGGGAAUAAGAAUGCAUCUUAAAAUAACAACUUAAACAUGGAUCCUAUCUCUGAAUCCUGAGUCUACAUUUUCGUAAAUGCCUAACUAAAACACUGAAGGAUUAACCUUGAAAGUCUCCAUUUGAAUUAGUCCAAUAACUUUGAAGUUAAAAAUUAACACCAUUCAUUGCCUAAAGCUUAUUCUCAAAUUGCUUUCAAGAGUUCUUUGAGUAAAUCAUUGGUAAUUAUAAAAGCCUUUAUUUCUAAAGGUGCAAUGAAUCAUUCAUAAGAUAAAGACAAAACUGAAUUGAAACUAGUGUAUUUUUACUGAAGUACAUCUGAACUAAACAAUUAGAUCUUGGAUCCAAAGUAUAUGGCAGUACUUUCUAGUAUGCCUUUUUGAACUAGCAAACUUAUGCAGACUACAAACAACAUUUCUAGAAUCACUCAAUGAAUCACAUCAGCAUUCUGCUUAAAAGAUGGUCAGUAGAACAGUAUAUAUUGGUAUUUAGUGUAGUGGAAUGUGUGCUGUAGGUCUACUUUGUAUAAAACUGGCUACCAUACAUUGGAUUGGAAUUAAUGUAAUCACUAGUUUUAGAACUGCAAAGGUAAUAGCAAAAUCAAGGUUAAUUUUUAACCAACCUCAUAACUUAAAUUGUUGUAUUUUAUUUUUAUAUUCAGUGCAAAAAAUCAGUACGCAACACAAACAGUUAAAUAUUUAGAAUUCCAAGUCUUCAUUGACUAUAUAUUGUGAAGGAUGAAAACAGCUGUCUUCUGUUAGUAAUAAAUUACAGUUUAAGAAAUUAAUACAGAUACAGAUUUGGAUAGUUUUGGUUAAUGAGGAAAGUAUUCAGUGUAGAUGGCCUGACUGAACAGAAUAAGAUUCUUAAUCAGCUGGUGCUAUUCAGGUCCUAUUAAAAAUUGGGGGGGGGGGGCUUCCUCUUGAGCAGUUGUGAGCAGCCUAUGGGCAAGAUUACCUUGCCAAGGUCCUUAUUUAGCUUGCAAGGUUGUUUCCUCCCCAUUCCUGCCCACCUGGCAUCAUAUGCAACAUCAGGUGUAGGGUAGUAAAAGAUGCAGCUGCAAAUGAAUAAUUGGGUAUCUUAAAAGUAUGCUCCUGGUUUGUUCCUUUUCCAGCUGGAUUUGUGCUAUGGUCUUAUGGCUGGUGAAAGUAGUAGUCCAAACAUCUGGAAGACACUAGAUUGGUGAAUGGUUAGACGAACUUAAAGAGGCGUCUUAACUCUCAUAACAGGGAACUUUUGUUUGUAAACUCAAAUGGUACUCGUUUAUUAUUUUUUAGGCCAUUUGUUCUCAUUCUUAGACUGGAAGCUAGUAUUACAACCCACCCAGUUGGUCAACAGGUAGCCAGCAAUAAAUUCUAAUACUGUGAUAGCAUAAUCUAAGUCUUACACACUUUUUAUUGCACGUUUUGCAAUACUGCAAUAUUCUGUAUCCGAUUCUAUAUCUGAAUCUAACUGAUAGAUGUAAAUUUCUUUUUGUUAAUUUCCUCAACUGUAUCUCCCUUCAUUAUAUAUAUUAUAUAAGUACCUGUUUCAGUUACUUUGUUUUCUUUAGGGUGCAGAAGCUGUGGUUCUGGAGAGUGUUAUGUUUGCCAUUCUUGCAGAGAGAGCUCUUGGACCAAAGCUCUAUGGAAUCUUUCCACAAGGCCGGCUGGAGGAAUUCAUUCCUGUGAGUGCCAACUAUUAGUAUGUGGUAGUUGUAACUGAAUAGGACUGUGUCCUUCCUUGUGUGCUAGCAAAGAUAAAUGUGGGAUAUCUGCUAGUGUGUAGCUUUCUGCAGUUUGAUUUGACAUAAGGAGAAUGGAAGCUGCUGUCUCAGUUUUUGGAUUUAACUCCUUAUGGCUCUUAAUUAAAUGGAGCAGAGUGUACUGUACCCUACUCAGUAGUAGAGGAACCUGUGGUAAACUAUAGCAGUGGGAAACCAAAGUGCACCCCACUCACUUCCUAGGUUCCUUAUAUUUGUUUUUCAUCAUUAUAGGUUGGUUGUUUCAACAAUAAAGUUGAUAUUGAAAUUUCCAAUGCUUGUAUUCCUCCUAAUUAAUAUCCAUGCUAUAUGUUUCAGAGCAGGAAGUUGGAUACGGAUGAACUGGGCUUGCCUGAUAUAUCAGCAGAAAUAGCUGAGAAAAUGGCUAGGUUUCAUGGUAUGAAAAUGCCAUUUAAUAAAGAACCAAAGUGGCUCUUUGGAACCAUGGAGAAGUAAGCAAUUGUAAUUUUAUUGUCUAUCAUGUUAGAUAACUUAAGAGAUUAUUUAUUUAAUAAUAAAAUUAAAAUAAAAAUUGUUAUUACGUUAUUGCUAUAUUACGUUAUUAAAUUUGUAUACCGCUGUAUACCCGCAGAUCUUAGGAUGGCUACAACAUAAAAACACUGUAUAUGUAUAUAUAUAUAACCCCACACAUGUUAAAAAGGGUAUUAAAUGUUGAUCAGCCAAUGGCCUGGUUAAAAAGGAACGUUUUUGCCUGGUGCCUAAAGGUGUAUAAUGAAGUUUAAUGUCACUUAUUUCAGCUCAAAGAAUGGGUUUAUUGGAAGCUUGCCUCCUUUUUUAUGGUGUGGAAGGUAUCUUUCCUUGGGCUAAUUUGCGGUGCCAGAAAGUCCUUUAUAAAGUUUCUGUUUCAUUUUUAUUAUACAAUUGCUUUGUGAUGGUUAUGGGGAGAGGAGGGGGAACUGUAGAAAUACUAACUGUUCAACAAAAUCUUUGUGCAGGUAUUUAAACCAAGUGAUGAGAAUCAAGUUUACCAGAGAGUCACGUGUUAGAAAACUGAACAAGAUCCUCAGUUACAACCUGCCUCAAGAAAUGAAAAAUCUACGGUAGCGUUCUAACUCUUGACAAUUUUCAUUUGCUUUACAACUCUCAAGUGACUGCAGACAUUUUCAGCCAAACAAUAACGUUAAUUAAAGAAACGAGCAAACGCUUCCUUGAUUUGCAUUUUAUUAUUGUCAGUGGAUAUUCCUAAACAUCUAAGUAUAUAAUUACAUUGUAGCCGAUUCAGACAACAGUGUUUUGAUUGCUUAGCUUGCAAGUUUCCUUUUUAGUGCACCACACAAUGAAAUUCCAAUAUAGUCAAAUGGUCUAGCGUUCAUUGGGUCUGUGCACAAUGUUUCAGCAAGUUAGGUCACUUCUGCAGAGUGUUGUCCAUUGCAACUUGGAUCCAUAGAGAUAGUCAAGGUAAUUUGGGUUCCAUACUGUGGUAUAGCAGAAUUUUUAACCUAGUUCUCCAGUGGGUGAAAUAAAUGAUUAGAUGCUUUAGAAAUGAAAGCUGCUUCUUCCUUGGAAAUAUUUUAACAAGAGACUCUUACCAUGAAUUAUAAUGUCAGCUUCGCUGUCCACACACAGGCAGUAAAGGAAUCUCUAGUAGGUCUCCAUGGCGGAAUGUAGACUUGUUAAAAAUAAUAAUUCUGGAGGCGCUAUGUGGUUCCUCUGCCCCACCAUCCACAAUAAGCAUACUAAAGGGAGAAAAAUAAUUUGAUACAUUAGAAUCGCUUAAGCCCUCUUAAGCCCAGACAGACCAUCACUGUUCCUAGAGUGGGGGAAAGGAAAGCCAGCAAGUGCCUAAAUGCACUUAUUUGCAGUGCUUUGCCUUUUCCUUGGAGUAGGAGUAGGUACAGGAAAAAGCACCUUUAGCGGACAACAGCUUGAGGAGUUUUGAUUGAGAAGAGUUGUAAUGUUUGCUCCUGAGGUUCUUCAGUGGAGGUAGGCAGCAGAGAGCUGAAAAAUAUUCUUAUUUGCCGUACACUUUCAACACACUUUUCUUGCUUGUCUUUUACUGCUUAAGUGAGGGUACAGUUGACAUUAGAACUACUAUUCAGUUUAGCUCUUUUUCCUCUCUCUCUUCCAGGUCCUUGCUUGAAGCUACUUCAUCUCCAGUUGUGUUUUGCCAUAAUGACUGCCAAGAAGGUACCAUAACACUGUUGCAUUAUUUUAAAAAUAUAAUAACUUUGCUCAAAUGUUGGUCUGUUACAAAUUAGUCAUUAGUUUGAGAUAAAUACCAUAUCAUAAUUGAAGGAAUAUUCUGUUUAGAAUCUAGAACUGGUUUUUACUGGGGGAAAGCUCUUAAGGCUGGAGUGAGAAAGGCUAAGUAGUGAUGCAAACCAUGUUGUAUCUUCAUUUGUUGCAGGUUACAGUGAAGAAUAAUCUGGGCUGUAUUAAAGCAAAUCAACUUUGUACAGUAGCCCCUGCUUAUAUUGUAUACUGUGAUAAAAUAAUACGGCAUGGACAGUGCUGUUCUACAGCAAGUUGCCAAUAUCCCAUCACAAGAAAUGGAACCUAAGUUGAAUAGAAGUAGGGACAGGUUAUUUCAGUCUUUCCCACUGCUUAUUACUUUAUAUCUCUCUUCUCCCAGGAAAUAUUUUGCUUCUUGAAGGUAGAGAGGAUUCUGAGAAGCAAAAAUUGAUGCUUAUUGACUUUGAGUACAGCAGCUACAAUUAUAGGUAAAUGUUGAACCUUUGUAUUUUUUCAAAAAUGAAACUUCCAUCUUAGUUUUCCUCAACUAUAUUUCUGUACUUAGCCUUUUAUUGAUUUAUUGAGAUUUCCAGUGUUUCCCAAGUUUAAUAAAAUAAAUUUGUGUUUGCAUCUAAUGCUUGAAAAUCAGACUACUUUGCUAAAUACUGGAAGGAUUUUGAAAGUUUUUGCUAGAUAUAUUUUGAUUGUGUUUAUGCUAGGCAGUAGCAUUAAAAAUUGCCUGUAUGUACUCGCUUUCAGUUAGUAAAAUGUAGCUGCAGCAUUUUGUUUUCUUCUAACAUGCUGUCUUGACAGUACCUGGCUAACUUACUGGUGUUGUUACAAAUGGAAAUAACAUCCACUGAUAAUGUUUAUGGUAAAGCGCAUGCUUUACAUGUAUAACAUCCCCAGUUCACUUGUUUGUAUUUUCAGUUACAGCAGUUGUUUGCUGGUUAAAUUUGUUUGGUGCUUUAUCUUGCAUAAGGUAACCCAAAGCCACUUAAAGCCUCAACAGAGAUACAUUAAACCAAGAGGAAAAAGUAAUAUAUUAAAAACAUCCUCCUCACUUCUAAAAGGUCACAGAUGGUUAAUGACCAAAGACCUCAUUAUAGAGGAAAGUUUUUGCCUGGAGCCUAAAGAUAUAUAAUGAUGGUGCCAGGUGAACGUCCCUGGAGUAAGAGUUGAACAAUACUGGCCUAGACUAAUGUGAUAUUUGAUGCUAAAUGGCAUCUCCAAGCUUCUCAUGAGAUGAGAUGGUAGUAAUAAUUUUUCUGCCAUUGUACUGUGAUCUCCCUUCCCCAAACACAUUGGGAACAAUCAAAUUGGUGGUAAUAAUGAUGCCACUUGAAUGCUACUCCUAAAAAAAACCCUGUACCAUUGUACUGUAAAUUACCUAUACAGUGAAUUCUUAGUGAAUGUCUGGUCUUUACCUCCUGCACAGCAGAGACAUGCCUAAGCCUCAUUCCAAAGUUUUCACUUUUGCCUGUGGUUGGAAGGUGGGAUUCUUUAACAUCUACCUACAUUUACUGUGUAAUCAUAUUUGCAAAAAAAAAAAAAAAAAAGCUUCUAGGAGCAACCUGACCUCAGAUAUUGGAUUGAAACUUGUUAUUAAUAUAUAUGACAUGGAUUUCUAUGUUUGUGGACCACUAAUAAGUAGCCAUGAAAUGUUAAUUUGGGAGCAAGCAAUAGAAUGUGUUUUAGGUUUUUUUGCAAAGCUUAAAAAAUUCCUUAUAUUUUGAAUAUUCUUCACUCUAGAGGGUUUGACAUUGGAAAUCAUUUCUGUGAAUGGAUGUAUGACUAUGUGUAUGAAAAAUACCCAUUCUUUAAAGCGAACUUCCUGAAGUAUCCCUCAAGGAAGCAACAGGUGAGCAGUAAAACAAUUACCUUGAAUUUUGAGGUCUUCUGGCUUCCAAUUCCAUUUCUAACUAUCUGGAUGUGAAAGGGAUUUCAUUUCAGAGCUUAGUCUGUGGGUGAUUGUAGCCAGUGUUGAAGCCAAUGUUGCACAAGCAGAUUUCUAAUCAUACAACUGGACUUCCCCUUCCACUCCUGCUCCUUGCAGGUCCCUCAAAGUCUGCUCUACAGCGCCACCCAACCCCAAGCAGGUUUUGAGGACCAUGCAAGGGUGAAGUCUUAUUAUGUAGCCAAAGUCCAUUUCACUGACAGGCAGACAUAAUUUGCUGUAUCUUCAGCUUUAACUUUACAACUUGUCAUACUCAAUUUUUUGACAAUGUAAAAUUUUAUAACAUGACCUCAGUAGCAGCCGUUCAUGUUGCUCCAGAGUAGUCCCAAAAUCUCAAGUCCUCUGUAACAAAGUUUCUUAAUUUCAGUGUUUGCUUGAAGAGCAUCUAGAGUUGGAGGCAAUGUUUAUUACAUACAGGAUAUCUUUUGUUAACUUCAGUACUGAUGUCCCAUUUUAUACAUGGCCAGUUAGUAAUUGUUUUGCCACUAUAACACUAAAUCACAUUUAGAUGAUAAUAAUAAUUUAUUAUUUAUACUGUAAUACAUCAAACAUUAAAAGCUUCCCUAAACAGGGCUGCCUUCAGAUGUCUUCUAAAAGUCUGGUAGUUGUUGUUCUCUUUGACAUCUGGUGGAACGGUGUUCCACAGGGAGGACUCAGCUACUGAGAAGGCCCUCUGCCUGGUUCCCUGUAACUUGGCUUCUUGCAAUGAGGGAACCGCCAUUAUUAUUUUAUUUAGCCAAGUUGUUUGCACAAUGCCAUUAUUGAUUUUGUAACUGGCUCCUAGGCUCAUUAUUAUUACCAUAUUUUUCCGUAUAUGAUUACCUUUUUUCUGAAAAAAAUUUAGUGAUAAAUUUCUUACUUUUGGGAUCCCAAAAAUAGGGGUUGUCUGAUACAUGGGGUCGGGUUAUACACAAAAAAAUAUGGUAAUUAAAUUUCCACACCACCGUUCAAGGAUCACAGGUUGAUUUACAGUAUAACACAAAAAGACAUAACGUAGUAAGAAACAAAAACAAUAACCAUUCCAGCAUAAAAGCCAUAGAUUGUUUAUUUAGCCAAAGGCCUGGGAGAAAAGGUGUGUUUUUGCCUGGCGCCUUAAAAUAAUGUAACAAAGGCACCAGGUGAGCCUCUCUGGGACGAGCAUUCCACAAUCUUAAAGACUGAGCAACUUGUUUGGCCUCAUGGAAAUUUGUUAAAAGCAAAACUGGAAUACAAAACUCUACUAGGACCAAUACUUAGCUAAAAACAAAUGUGACUGCAGGUAUAAAAACUUCUUUGGAACUGUGCCAGUGAUUUAAUAGCUGAAAAUAACUUUGCCCAAAUGACUGAGCCACUCUUCUGACUCCUUUCUGUGCUUUUCAGCUCCACUUCAUCUCCAAUUACCUAGUUGCAUCUCAAAGUGGGUUUGAAAAUCUGAGCAAUGAAGAUAAGUCCAAAAUAGAAGAAGAAAUGUUGGUUGAAGUAAACAGGUAACUUCCGUCUUCAUUCUGGAUUUACUGUAUGUGAUCCUGUUUCUGAAUCUUGCUUUCAGUGAAAAUGUAAAUUGUACAUGCUGUCUUAAGAAAUCUUAGCAGUGUUUAAUCUAGCCUGUGCUCUGAAAUGGUUAAUUUUCAGCAUUUAACAUCUAGAAGCUAUAUAUCCUUAAAGAAGGACAAGUGGGGACCUAUAUGGAAUAUUAUCCAUAAUAAUUUGUCCUGACUGGUUGAGCCUGCUUUGAGAACAGCUGCUCUGAUUUCCUAGAGCUGAAGCAGCGGGGGCAUCCAAUGGUUAAAAUCACAAAAAGCAUUCACUCAGGGACAUUUUUAGUUCUAAACAGCAAUUCAAAGUAUUGUUGUGGAUCUUGAAAGCCCUAAAUGACGGUUCUAGGAUACCUUAGGGGCCAUUUUCUCUCAUUCCAGCCUUCCUGUGCCCUAAGAGGCCCUUCUAUGGAGAGGCUGAGGUAACACUGGUUGGCAUGAGAGCUUUCUUAGUACUGCACCCAGAUUUUAGAGUACCUUACCCCAUGAGAUCUAUUUGGACAUCCUGCUUUUUCAAUGACUGGUUAAAAGUUCCCUGUCCUGGUAAGCAUUUGUCUUGCUGGGCAUGAGAGUUUUAGGGGACAUACCCUCACUUUUAGAACGUUUAUCUGCUGAACCUGCAUGGCAGAUUCCUGCAUUGCAGGGGGUUGGAAUAGAUGACCCUCAGGAUCCCUUCCAACUCUACCAUUCUACGAUUCUGUGAACCUUCAUGCUUUUACUUUAUUUUUAUGACAGUGGUUUUAGCUGUUAGAAGCUUCCUUGAGUAGUGCAUAUGUACUGGAAGGGUAGAGCAUAAGUUUUCUAUGAUAAACAAACCACUCCAGAGGCAGAGUGAGAACACAUCCAGAGUUGUCCUCCUUGAGAAGUUGCAUUUCUUAUGUAUCCUGUGUGGUUGAAAUGAGCAUGCUGUUGAUGUAACAAAUCCUAGACUACUUCACUUUAGUUAAAAGAGGCAAGGGUGAAUUUUACAUUAUAUACUAGAACGUCUAAAAAAAUAAUACAUUGUGUUCUUGACAGGUUUGCCCUUGCAUCUCAUUUCUUCUGGGGUCUGUGGUCCAUUAUACAAGCAAAGAUAUCAUCUAUUGAGUUUGGAUACAUGGUAGGUCUUCAAACUUUAAAUUCUUAAUGAUCAGCAGUGCGAUAUAAUCUAGAUUACUCUAUCUGAUAAUUAUCCCCUACCAAACCUAUGUUUGUACAUCAUUCAGUCUAACUGCCAGCCAGCCAGGACUGAUCUUUGUUGGUGCAAUACUGGAGUAGGUAGUGUAUACAAGACCUUAAUGAAGGGGCAAGAACUUCCUCCACAAAAGAGCCACAUUCCCUCAGGCGUAAUGUGUCGGGGGCCGGAGGCAAAAGUGGGGAGGGCACAGGUGUGCAUGCACAUAAACACAAAUGGAUUCGGGCUGGUUGGAUAGAUAAUACUUCCCCCCUGUAAUUUGCAUUGGUGGAGAGAGCUCCCAUUUGUUCUAGUGGUAGUUUUACCCCACUGUAAAUUGCAGAUUUGGGACGCCUGCUCUAGUUUUAAAGCCAGAGUGGAGAGAGAAAAAUGUUAAAGUCUCCUGAAUUUGCUGCAUUUCUGGGCUGGCAAGGGAGAUGGGCGUGUCUCCAGAGACAUUCUGGAGGAGGAGGGGAGGGAAGGCCUGGGGAAAGAAGGCCUAACUGUCCAGAUAAAAAUAUUCACUGGACCCAGAGGCGCACCAUCCCUGCCUUUAUGGAUGCUGCUCUUAACACCCCAAAGAGCUGUCCAUUGACAUUACAGAUGCCUUGCUUCAGUUAUCUCAUCAGUUUGAUUUCUCCCAUCUUAUUAUUGCUCUUUGACUUAUUUUCAAAAAUAUGCCUGUAAUAUUCAGUGACAAGACUUUGAGUGGAAAUGUAAAUGUAGUUAUCCUUUGCGUCCAUAUUGUAUCAGUAAAGAUUUAACAUAUGUGACAGCUGCAUUCAAGGCAGGUUUCUGGCAUUUCAUGCGAAAUGUGAUAGUUUGGCAUUCUUUAAUUGCCCUGGCAUUAGGACAGAAUACAAAAUGCCUCUGCCUUCAACAAUAAUACUUUUACGUCACUUAGGACUAUGCACUCUCAAGAUUUGAUGCCUACUUCGACCAAAAGAGGAAGCUGAAAGUGUGAAGGUUGAAGACUGGACAAUCUGUUUCUGUACUGUAUAAGGAAGGCAGCUGGGCAGAAAUUCCACUGUGCUUAGGCUACUGUAGUUGUAAUGAAGGUUUUGCAAAUUCCAACUACUCGGAUGCAAUGCUGAAGACUGCACAAAAUGGCUAAGUUUACUUUUUUUUUACAGUUUCAUAAGUCCUUGGAACGAGAAUUGACAGCUGAAGUAUAAUAUAACAGUGCAAUAUCAAGCUUUUUAAUCUAGAAGGUAUUAUGAGGGAAACCUUGAGUUUUAAUGUGAACCAUCCCAUACUUCAAGAGUAAACAGUGUUAACUGUGGGUACCUAUUUUAAGUAAGAUAUUUUUAUCAAAUUAUCUUAAUGCAUUCUACAUUUCUAGCAUCAAUGGGAAAACCACAAUUCUGUUUAGGGGAAGUUGAUAUACUGUGAAUUUUGGCUGAAAACCCAUUUGAACAGAGGCUGUUCUUAUGGGAUAGGUCAAGCCAUUCAUCUCCAGAAAACUACUGGUGAACUAACACUAAAACAUAAUGGCUAAAAACCAACGAAAGGGUGCAUUCUGGCUUCUUUCCAUGCAGACUAAGGUAGCUUUCACAUUCUGAUAUCUCGGUAGAACAAGGUACAACAGCUGCAUCUCCAACUGGAACACAUGAGUUGCUGUCCAAUUAGCUCAUUCCACAUCUCUGACCAAGGAUGUGCAUUCACUGCCCAGCAACAGUCCUGCAGUAUUGCAUUGUUGUACAGGAUGUUCCCUGCGCAGGCAGCACUGGGAUGAGUGCCUUGAAUUCCUCUACCUGCCCCUCUCUGGCUUGAGGGAGGAAGAGAGGGGCAAAUGAGAUGGGGAGCAAGCGAGGAACAUUUGACCAAUUGUGGCAUGCUGGUGCCUUGUGGGGGCACACUGCUCCUUGUUUAAAUCCCUGCUGCUUUCCCCAUCAGAUAAGUGGAUGUUUCUUGUGCAGAAAAGACAUUAAAAUAUAUACGUGAACUUUACAAUAAGUGUAUGUUACUUUGAGAGCUUCUAGAAACAUAUCUUUUACCAUCCUUAUUUGACUUGUGCUUUCUGCUAACAUGUAUUGUACAAAUAAACUUUUUUAAAGUCUUU